UAUCAAUGUUAUUGAAAAUCAAAUAUUUACAGAAAAAAUGUUAAAACCACAUGGAAUUAUUUUGCCAGAAAAAAUUUCAAUAAAAUGUCAGUUGGUCAAUUCAAAAUGGUUACCUUAUGUUAGUAAAGUGAUUGAAAAUAAUGAUAGUUGUAAUCCUCAUAUUCAAAAUUUAAUAAAUGCAUAUAGUGUUAAUCAUCAUUUGGAUGUAUUCAAACAUUUAGUAACAGAUAUAUGUCUGUCAGAUUGUAAGACAUGUUUGACCUUAUUAUCAAAACAACUAUCUCAGAAAAUAUCAUUACUUAUAAAUAUACCAAUCAUAGUUAAUGGAAAAUUAAAUGCGAUCUUGUAUUACUUUGAAAUACUUAUUUAUAACAACUGUAAUGUUUCUACAGCAAAUGAAAAUUCAUAUGUAAAUCAGUAUGCUUUUCUUGUUGAAAAUGCAACAAAUGUUAGGAAACGAAGUGAAAAUAAAUACUAUGGUUAA